GCUCUUCGCAGCUGCCUCACGACCCUUCCUCCCCUCGCAUCCUCCCCAGCUGCACAGUUUUCAAAAUGGCUGGCACCGACGCAAAGUUCCCCAUCGACAUGAGCAAGCUCCAGAAGCUUACGCUCGACCCGUCGAAGCCCCAGCUCACGGCGGAGCAGAAGUCUGCGUUGAAGAACAACGUCCAGAUUAUGCGCGAUGCUAUCGUGCUGUUCACCGCGACGGGCGCGGCGAGGGGCGUGAGCGGGCACACCGGUGGUGCCUUCGACACCGUACCCGAGGUUAACAUGCUCCUCUCGCUCAUCAAUCACUCGGACAACUACGUCCCUAUCCUCUUCGAUGAGGCGGGACACCGCGUGGCUACCCAGUAUCUCCUUUCCGCAAUGGAGGGCGCGAUCCCUUAUGAGCACCUGCUCCACUAUCGGGAGGCAAACUCGAAGCUCCCGGGCCACCCCGAGCUCGGCCUCACGCCCGGUGUGAAGUUCUCCUCCGGCCGCCUUGGACACGUCUGGCCGUGGGUCAACGGUAUCGCGCUUGCCAACCGGGACAAGACCGUGUUCCUGCUCGGCUCUGAUGGCUCUCAGCAGGAAGGUAACGACGCGGAGGCCGCCCGUCUGGCCGUCGCGCAGAACCUUAACGUCAAGCUCAUCAUCGAUGACAACGACGUCACCAUUGCCGGCCACCCGUCUGAGUACAUGAAGGGCUACGAUCUCGCGAAGACCCUCUCCGGUCACGGUUUGAAGGUUGUCACCGUGCAGGGCGAGGACCUUGACUCCCUUUGGGCCGGUCUGUGCGAGAUUCUCGCCCAUAAGGGCCCCGCUGCCGUCAUUGCCAAGCGUAAGAUGGCUCCUGGUGUCGCCGAUAUCGAGGGUACCACUCAUGGCCACGACGUCAUUCCCGUCAAGUCCGCGAUCAAAUACCUGGCUUCUCGCGGCUACCCCGAUGAGAUGGCGGCAAACAUCCUCAACAACAUCAAGCCUAAUGCUGUGCCGUACCUGUACGUCGGGUCAUCCAAGGAGAACGGCGCGAACCGUGUCGUCUUCGGCGAGGCUGUCAACUUGGUCCUCGACAAGCUCUCGAAGGAGGAGGCUGCCAAGAAGGUCAUGGUCAUUGACAGUGAUCUUGAGGGCUCUACCGGUCUGAAGGCCAUCCACCAGAAGCACCCCGAGGUGUUCGUGCCCUCCGGCAUUAUGGAGCGCGGUAACUUCAGCGCUGCGGCUGGCUUCGGGUUCGACAAGGACAAGUUUGGUGUCUUCUCCACGUUCUCCGCGUUCCUCGAGAUGGUCAUUUCCGAGGUCACCAUGGCGCGCCUGAACUUCUGCAACGUGCUCUGCCACUUUUCGCACUCGGGCGUCGACGAGAUGGCGGACAACACCUGCCACUUCGGCAUCAACUCAUUCUUCGCGGACAACGGGCUCGCGGACACCCAGUCGUGGCUGUACUUCCCCGCCGACCCCGCGCAGAUGACUGCGGUGAUCUCACGCGUGUUCUUCGACCGCGGCGUGCGCUUCGUGUUCUCCACGCGCUCCAAGGUGCCGUGGAUCCUCAAGGAGGACGGCUCGCGCUUCUACGACGAGAACUACGAGUUCGUGCCUGGCAAGGAUGAGGUCAUUGCUGAGGGUACGGAUGGCUACGUCGUGUCGUACGGUGACAUGCUCUACCGUUCGUGGGAUGCUGUCCUCCGCGUCCGCAAGGAGGGCUUGAACGUUGGUCUCAUCAACAAGCCCACGCUCAACUUGGUCGACGAGCAGACCAUCCAGAAGAUUGGCAAGACCCCCUUCGUCCUCAUCGUCGAGUCCCUGAACCAGAAGACUGGUCUUGGCUCCAAGUUCGGCACCUGGCUGCUCGAGCGCCAGCUCACCCCCCGCUACGGCUACAUGGGCACCAACAAGGAGGGCUGCGGUGGUCUCACCGAGCAGAUCCCCCACCAGGGCCUCGACCCCCAGUCCAUCAUCCUCAAGAUCAGGACGCUCGCGCAGUAAACGCGUGCAACGAAGACACACUGAGUGGCUUGGGGCUGCGCAGGUGUACGAGUAUACGGCAGAAGAAGCAACAUGGAAAAAAUCUUGUAUCAGGGCUCGGCACGCAGCACACAGUAUCCAUAGGUGCGGGAAACGAAACACAGGAAGAAGUUGUAGAUGUACGCCUCGACAAUGUAUUGUCAUAUUCUACCC